AUGCCUUCUGCCAGGUUAAUCAAGUCUGAUCCUUUGGGCGUCGUGGAUACUCGACUCACUGACUCUCACCUGUUUUCACCUUCGUUUACCUCCACUGCAGAUACUCGAGUCACCUCUGACUCUCGUGAUCUGUUUGCAUCCUCUCUUGUACCCGUCACUUCCAAUACCCCAGUCACAACUGGCUCCCAUCUGAAUCUCUUUUCACCAUCCUUUGCUACUUUCACUGCUUUCGGGCUCGAUGGACCAGCUGACACGAUGAUGACCAAAAAGCCAAGUCUGAAGCAAGAGCAUGGGUUCAGAGGACUUCAGGAAGCCUCGCUUGGCUUAAAUGCCAGACGAUACUUUCCUCGAUUGGUUCUGGAUGCAGCUACAGACAAGUACAUCCUCGACAACGUUGGUGAACCAGCGAACCCCCAACGGACCUCUACACCAAACAGUGAAAACGACAGCAACGAAGAACCCGUGGUGCCUCAUGCCACCGAGUACUUACACCUGAAUGAUAUGCCGAAUACCGAGGAGUUUAACUACGACUGCUUUCAAGAUUCGCCCGAGGCAGACUCGCCCAAGGGACACUCUGUCUUUGGUGGACGUGAUAGUAGUCAAUCGCCAACACCUACAAAAGUGCGUCUUUUGAGCGAUCAGCAACAAUUACUCAAGCCUCCCAUCGCUGCUCUAGCAAACCAUCACCCAGCCCCAAAUGUCAGCUCUCUCAAGAAAUCUGGCAACCCUGGCUCGGCGCCGCGAUCCGUUCGUUUUUCUCCUGCUAGUUCUCCGAUCCCGCCUUCACCAGCACAACGCCCGCUGCCCUCGGUUGAACGAAAGCAGGACCAUCUCGCAUCCUCUCGGCAGAAGCAACAUGGUAGGUGGAAGGUUAUCCGUCGUGCAACCCCUCAUCGAGUCUCUCCGCCACACAGCCCCAUGAAUAUGGCCUCGGCCCAGGCAUCCCGGACCCGGGAUCAGCCUGGCAUGCGUCCUCCGUUCCAUUCAAGUCUACCAAAUGCAACAUUUAAUGACUAUUCGGGAAACGCAGCAGGCACUCUCAUCGCUGAUGAGCCAAAGAGCACAGGAAAAACUAAGAAAAAGGUCCCUCGUUCUAUGGCGUUCUUAAUUGCAAUUUACAGACCUCGAGAACAACCGGCUAGCUCUCCCCGGAAGGACCUAAAGUAUGUGAUUGCCACCAUCGUGUCCCAAGCGACUCUAUCGGAGGGCAAGAUGCCUCGCUUUGCACCUGAACUUGAACAACUUGCCUUUCAGCCGCCCCUUGAUGAAGUCCUUUGCCAGUUCUGCAUCAUCCUUCCCGCGAUUUUGAUCAUCAUGCCUGUGGGUGUCUUCUUCUAUGCCCUCCAACUUCUGGAAAAUACUCGCAUCGGUGCUGCAAUCAUCUACUUUGUCAAGCUUCUGUUUUCAACGUUUGUCUCUGUCGUCAUUCGAGCAAUGGCCAAACGUGGACUGAGACUCAUUACCGGUGGUGGUGUGAGGUUUGUACCCAACAACUCCAACUGA